GUGCCACUGCACUCCAGCCUGGGCAACAAGAGAGACUCUGUCUCAAAAAAAAAAAAAAAAAAUCGUUAUUUGGAAUAAACCUUCAUGUACUAUCAGGUCAUGCUGUCAGGGACACCUGGGGCUGAGUAGAAUAUUUUCUUCAAUGGAGAAUGAGACAAGUACACAGAGGAGGUCAGCCCUGGCUUCUUUAGUGGCCAAGGGACUUGUGUGUAUCACAGGGUAGAGCAGCCUUCAGUGCUGGGUGGGAGCGCAUGCUUGCAGAAGUGGGGUCUAUGCUCUCCUGAGGGCUGCCUGCGAUUCACUCAAGGAAGGAGGCCUUGACAGCGAAGAUCCUGAAGGGACGCUCCUGUGCCAUGAGGGGGUGAUAGGAAUCAUCUUGCACCCUUUAUGAUGGGUGUGAGGAACAAGAGAGGAUUAAAUAGCUUUAUCCCGAGGUUAGGGGAAUGAAGCUGGAGGGCUGAAUGAGGGAUGAAAUGAAUCACGAAAUGAAAAGCAGGAAGCAUCUUCAAGGGCAGCGUUGCCCCAAACCUGUGCUUCGGGACCUUGCACCUGGUUAAUAUGGAAUCUGCCCUGCAAGGUGCCUUUGGGCACGUACUCGAAGGUGUCCACGUCCACCGCAGCGAACACACCCCACAGCAGCCAAGGCCCUUAUCAAUGAGUCAGCAGGACGCUGGCGACCCGGAGGGCCCGCAGACGAGGGUGUCUGGGGAAUCCCACCUUUGCGCGGGGAGGGGGUCUGUGAAGAUUGACAUCCAGACACGCCCCCUCUCCUUCACAGCGCCCCUCUCUGCACAGUCCUGUCCCAGAAGCAGAGACAUCGGCUCGUGGCCACCUGUCAAGUCAGGCCCAGGCCGCGAGGGAGGGGAAAGGAGCCGCGGGAGGCGGCGCACGGGCUGUUCAGAUACUGCCGCCGCCACUCCUUUAGACUCUGGACGUGCGGGGACUGGCUGGGCUUGGCCUCGCGUUAUAAAAAGCGGCGGGGCCGGGCCGGCGAGACAGCCCAGGAGGCGGGUACCGGGCCUAGCGGACCCGCGCGGCGCCCCCACCUGUGGCUGCGCUCGGGGCGGGCUGUGCUUCCCGGGGCGGCGCCUGGUGGCAGCGGCCAGUGGCGAGAUGGGCCGCUACUCGGGCAAGACGUGCCGGCUGCUCUUCAUGCUGGUGCUCACCGUCGCCUUCUUCGUGGCGGAGCUGGUCUCCGGCUACCUGGGCAACUCCAUCGCGCUGCUCUCCGACUCCUUCAACAUGCUCUCCGACCUGAUCUCGCUGUGCGUGGGCCUGAGCGCCAGCUACAUCGCCCGGCGCCCCACUGGGGGCUUCCACGCCACCUACGGCUACGCCCGCGCGGAGGUGGUGGGCGCGCUGAGCAACGCCGUCUUCCUCACCGCGCUCUGCUUCACCAUCUUCGUGGAGGCGGUGCUGCGCCUGGCCCGGCCCGAGCGCAUCGAUGACCCGGAGCUGGUGCUCAUCGUCGGCGCCCUGGGGCUGUUGGUGAACGUGGUGGGGCUGCUUAUCUUCCAGGACUGCGCCGCCUGGUUCUCGUGCUGCAGGCGGGGCCGCGGUCGCCGCCUGCAGAAGCGUCAGCAGCUGGCGGAGGACUGCGCUCCCGGUGCUUUCGGGGGACCCCAGGGCCCGGAGGACCCGCGGCGCGCAUCGGCCCCGACAGCCCCCGGCUUCGACUCGGCCGUAACCCUUCGGGGGACCUCGGUGGAAAGAAAGCAGGAGAAGGGGGCGACCGUGUUCUCAAACGUAGCAGGUGAUUCCUUCAACCCCCAGAAUGAGCCAGAAGAGAUGAUGAAAAAAGAGAAAAAGUCUGAAGCUCUGAAUAUCAGAGGUGUACUUUUGCAUGUGAUGGGAGAUGCCCUGGGGUCCGUGGUUGUGGUCAUCACAGCCAUCAUAUUCUAUGUGCUUCCCCUGAGGAGUGAGGACCCGUGUAACUGGCAGUGUUACAUUGAUCCCAGCCUGACUGUCCUCAUGGUCAUCAUCAUUUUGUCAUCUGCCUUCCCGCUCAUCAAGGAGACCGGUGCCAUUCUGCUGCAGAUGGUCCCCAAAGGAGUCAACAUGGAAGAGCUGAUGAGUAAACUCUCUGCUGUGCCUGGAAUUAGCAGUGUACAUGAAGUACACAUCUGGGAACUUGUAAGUGGAAAGAUUAUUGCCACCCUGCAUAUCAAGUAUCCUAAGGACAGGGGAUAUCAAGAUGCUAGCACUAAAAUUCGAGAAAUCUUCCACAGUGCGGGAAUCCACAAUGUCACCAUCCAGUUUGAAAAUGUGGACUUGAAGGAACCCCUGGAGCAGAAGGACGCACUGUGGCUGUGCAACUCACCCUGCGUCUCCAAGGGCUGUGCGAAGCAGCUGUGUUGUCCCCCUGGGGCACUGCCUCUGGCCCAUGUGAAUGGCUGUGCUGAGCACAAUGGCGGGCCCUCUCUAGACACAUACGGAAGUGACGGCCUCUGUAGAAGAGACACAAUGGAAGUGGCUAUUGAAGUGUCUUUGGACAGCUGUCUGAGUGACCACAGACAAACUCUUAACAAAACUCAGGAGGACCAAUGUCAUGUCAACAGCACGCACUUUUAAUCUGGUACCCACAUAAUCAGACUGUAUAGACAAGGCACUUUGGAACCACCAGCGUGGCUCAUAAGAAAAGCUUUGUGGGUUGUAGGCUCAGACCAGACUUGCAGUGUGCAUGCUCUGUGUUCACUAGGGGUUGGCUGUUUGGAAUUUUAGUUAAACAUGUCUGUGAAUUUUAUGUAACUGGUAACCCCUUUCUAUUCCCCUGGGCAUCUCAUGCUGCUCUUUGACUGUUUCAGCUUGAACAUGCGUUUUUCUAAAGCAGACUGCACUAGUGUAUAUAUCAGGGAUAUUCAAGACUGGGCCUGGGACUCAGUAACUGCGGAUACAGUGUUCAAAGGAGUUCUUGUUUCUAAACUGAUUAGAACUUCUAGCUGAUGCUCAGGUGAGAUCAUAGCUUGAAUACAUUGAAAAAAUUAAAGGACCACAAUAGCUGUAUUUUCCCCAUUCCCCUUAAUGAUCAUAAAAGAGGCAAGUUAGGUAUUUCUGGCACUAAAGAAAUAUCUUUUUCCUUUGAUUCAUUUUUGAAUAAAUAUAAAAUGAAUAAUUCUUAAGGUAGAAAAUAUUCUCAGAACAUUCUGUAGGAGGUAAAGGUUAGUAGGGUUUUUUUGGUCCAUCUCUACAUUUUGUGAGGUGAGAGAAAACUAGUGUUUACUUUCUGCUGUGAACUGAACUGCAGCUAUAGGAUGUUUCAAAUGUUUAAAUAUAUAAUACAUCUUCACGUGGAAGUGAGGGGCUAUUUCAGCUUCCUCAAGUAUGAUACAGAUACUCAUAUGCUGUCUUUCAGAGUCAGCACAGUUGGGGCUGUUUUCAUUUAGUGCUUUCAUAAUGAUUUACUUAUUUUUCCAAAUUUCCUUUGACUUUUCUUUCAUAUGAUCUCAUUGAUCUAUGCAGCAUUUACCAGAAAAGAGUAUUCCUGGGAUAGCAGAAUGCAUAACAUUGAGUAUUAAUUCUUGUCAAAUAAAUAAGCUAGACUGCCUUCUCCUUAAUCAGACAUAUUUUAAAGUAUUUAUUAUAGUUGUCAACUAGUGACUCAAUGGAAAAGUUGAUGUCCAAAGGAGAAGUGAGAAUUAGCUUACUUGCUGCCUUUAAUGUGCUUUUGAGGAACUUAAAAUUUUCUUUUAUGUCUCUGAUCCAUAUUACCAAGUUCAAAUAAAAUUUUUAUAAUUGGA